GUUUUGAUUACUGCAACACGUGUUGUAUUUUUAUACAAAAAACUUCGUAUUUUCAAACGAAAAGGCGGAGAGUUUUUUUAGAAACAUUACAUUUUAGAAACAAUUAGUAAGAAAUGUCCGACAAAUACGUUGUACCUAACAAAUUGCCCGGAAAAACUGUUUCUGUAUUAGCUCAUCGCAAGCGACGUAUUUUGAAAGAUAAAGCGUCGAUUGAACAGAAAAAAAAGCUUAGGACUGAGCGAAUUGCAAAAUCUAAAAAGUAUCCCAAAUUCCGCAGGCCGGAGUCGUUUGUGAUGAACUAUAUUAAGGCCGAACGUACAGCGAAUCGCAUCAAGCGUGUUUUACGAACAAAUAUACUUAAAACUAAUGAUGCACAGAAAACGAACCAGAAGCUAUUACUUGUUAUGAGGCACGCAGGAAAGAAGGUUUUCGACGAAACUACAAACACAAUAUUACGCACAUUAAGAAUGCCGGUACGUCAUAAUGCCGUCUUUUUGGAGAACUCCAAAGAAAAUCAAAUGCUUCUAAAAGUGAUUGAACCAUUUGUUGCGUAUGGCUUUCCUACACUUAGUACUAUACGUGAAUUAAUAUUUAAAAAAGGCUUUGCACGAAUCGGGGGAAAAAAAACAGCCAUACAAUCUAACACGGUGAUUGAAGAUAUCUUAGGCGACAAGGGCAUAAUCUGUUUGGAAGAUAUUAUACAUGAAAUAUACACCGUUGGUACGAAUUUUGAAAGCGUAAUCAAUUUUUUGUGCUCAUUUUUGCUUUCAAGUCCCCGAGACGGUUGGAAGAACAAAGUCUCAGUUCCUUAUAAACGUGGAGGAGAAUAUGGUGAUCGAGGCAAUGGCAUUAAUGAGUUGAUAGCACGUUGUAUGUAAAUAAUUUUGCUUAUCAAUAAAUUGUAUUUGACCAGAACCAAAUUGAUAAGCCUUAUUUAAAUCG